GGACACAAAGAACAUGGUUUUUGAAUGCCAUCCUCUUGAUUGUUUUAAUGUAACGAAAUGUGGCAGUUUGCUUUGCCCAAAAUUUAGUCAUGUUGCUAUACUUCUAACUAUAAACACUCUUUCCUGCUUAUAUUUGAAGAAAAUUACUAUAGUAUAAGCCAAAUUCCCCUUCAUUGCUAGUACACCAAAAGAGCACAUAUACCUUCCCGAGCACCAAAUUUAUAAUCAUACUUUUGAAUAGAGUUCAGUGUUCUCUUUACGUGUCAUUCUGCAAGAAUCAUAUUUGGAAUAAUUUAGGACAGCUUUACUAAAUUUAUUAAUGUACACUUGUUAUAAGGAUGUGCUUAAGUUCUAGAUUUGCUGUGCUUACAGUGCAAAAGCCUUCUUUAUGAAAUCAGAGAAUUUUACUUUAAUGGUGAUAAAUAAUGCCUUGUCUUUUAAAAUGAUAUUAAUUUUCUAAAUGUUUAUAUCUGGAGUUUAUUUGGUUUUCACAAUAACUCUGUGAAGUGAGUGCCCUAAUCUUAUAAAUGAGAAAAUGUAAGCACAGAAAGGUCAACAGACAGUCAGAGGCACGCAGCAUUGUAUGAUAACAAAGUAUUGUCAUUUCCACAGCUAACAUUUACUAGUGCUUACUAUAGGCUAAAUAUUGUUUUAAGUUUUUUGUGUAUAUUAAUACGUGCUUGGGCUUUAGUGUCAGAUCAAAAUUUAAGUCUAGCUCUUCUGAUAAGUUCUUGACGUUGGAAAAGGUACCUAACCCUUUUAAGUCUUGGUUUCCUUAUUUGGAACACAGAAAUAAUGGUAGUAUCUACCUUACUGGUUGUUUGGAUUAAAUGAGAUCAUCCAAAUGACUCUGUGUGGCGUAUAGUAAUGCUUAUGAGAGGAAUGAAAAAUGAGCAGAAUAGAGUUGUUUCUGACCUAAUUGGCCAAAGUCCCUUAUAAUACAUUUUAGAAGAGACAGAGAAUAUACGUUCACCUAAAAGAAGUUGUUUAUGGUAGAAUUAGUUCAGCCCUGGGAUGUUUUCCAAGCCAGAGACAAAGCAUGGUGUAUAUUUGAGCUUCUGGAGAAAAGAAAGGGAUAGUAAAGAAGAGGGAGUGGAUUGCUGCCCACCUUAAAGUGAGGUAUAGCAGCAGUUCACAAGGGAUGUAGGCCAACACCUGGCAUCCUGAUUUUAUGUAUAAAAUUAAAGUCCAGAGUUGAAAUUGUUACAUUUGAAGUUCAGAGUUGAAAUUGUUACAUCUGAAGUUCAGAGUUGAAUUUGUUGACUGUCUGUGGGUACAUGGUUUGGGAAAUGUUCCUUUUGGCUAUCAAACAUAUUUAUUCUCUAAUUAAUAUGUAGAUUAAAAUGAGACUAUUCCCAUAACCCCUAAUAAAAUGCCGGAUACAAAGUAGGUAUUUAGUAAAUAUUAGUAUCCCUGUUUGAGUGAGUUUGAUUUUUUUGUGUGUUAUGAAGGGUAAAUAAAUUGACCAGAAAAUUUUCAAAAAUAUAUUGAAAUCUCUUGUAACUCUAAACUGUAAUUUAUCACUGUAAUUUCACUGUUCUAUGAUUCUGUGGCAUGCUUGUUCAUACCAUCAGUUUUCUUCUUUACUGACUUUUCUGAACUGGUUUUGGAGGGGUCUUAUGGAAUAGGAAUAUAUGGAGGGUGGAUUUUGAAGACAGUCUUCAAGAGGAAUUAUGGUUAAGUCAGCAAACAAAGAAGACAUGGUAUUUUGAAGUAUGAUUAAACUCCUGAUGCUGCAGCAGAGGCUAAGAAUAUUAAUGGCCAGAUCUAGUACACACAUGGUCUUCUGAAGAAGCCAUGGGUAGCUGUUGUAGCUGUCCAGAUAAAGACACUGUCCCAGAUAACCAUCGGAACAAGUUUAAGGUCAUUAAUGUGGAUGAUGAUGGGAAUGAGUUAGGUUCUGGCAUAAUGGAACUUACAGACACAGAGCUGAUUUUAUACACCCGCAAACGUGACUCAGUAAAAUGGCACUACCUCUGCCUGCGACGCUAUGGCUAUGACUCGAAUCUCUUUUCUUUUGAAAGUGGUCGAAGGUGUCAAACUGGACAAGGAAUCUUUGCCUUUAAGUGUGCCCGUGCAGAAGAAUUAUUUAACAUGUUGCAAGAGAUUAUGCAAAAUAAUAGUAUAAAUGUGGUGGAAGAGCCAGUUGUAGAAAGAAAUAAUCAUCAGACAGAAUUGGAAGUCCCUAGAACACCUCGAACACCUACAACUCCAGGAUUUGCUGCUCAGAACUUACCUAAUGGAUAUCCCCGAUAUCCCUCAUUUGGAGAUGCUUCAUCCCAUCCUUCAAGCAGACAUCCUUCUGUGGGAAGUGCUCGCCUGCCUUCAGUAGGGGAAGAAUCUACACAUCCUUUGCUUGUGGCUGAGGAACAAGUCCAUACCUAUGUCAACACUACAGGUGUGCAAGAAGAGCAGAAAAACCGAAUAAGUGUGCAUGUUCCAUUGGAGGCAAGGGUUUCUAACGCUGAAAGCAACACACCAAAAGAAGAACCAAGUAGUAUUGAAGACAGGGAUCCUCAGAUUCUUCUUGAAUCUGAAGGGGUCAAAUUUGUUUUAGGGCCAACCCCUGUUCAAAAGCAAUUAAUGGAAAAAGAGAAACUGGAGCAACUUGGAAGAGAUCAAGUUAGUGGAAGUGGAGCAAAUAACACAGAAUGGGACACUGGCUAUGACAGUGAUGAACGAAGAGAUGCACCCUCUGUUAACAAACUGGUGUAUGAAAAUAUAAAUGGGCUAUCUAUCCCUAGUGCCUCAGGGGUCAGGAGAGGUCGUCUGACAUCCACCAGUACCUCAGAUACCCAGAAUAUCAACAACUCAGCUCAGAGAAGAACUGCAUUAUUAAACUAUGAAAAUCUACCAUCAUUGCCUCCUGUUUGGGAAGCCCGCAAGCUAAGUAGGGAUGAAGAUGACAAUUUAGGACCAAAGACCCCAUCUCUAAAUGGCUACCAUAAUAAUCUAGAUCCAAUGCAUAACUAUGUAAAUACAGAGAAUGUAACAGUGCCGGCAAGUGCUCACAAAAUAGAAUAUUCAAGGCGUCGGGACUGUACACCAACAGUCUUUAACUUUGAUAUCAGACGCCCAAGUUUAGAACACAGGCAGCUUAAUUACAUACAGGUUGACUUGGAAGGUGGCAGUGACUCUGACAACCCUCAAACUCCAAAAACGCCUACAACUCCCCUUCCACAAACCCCUACCAGGCGCACAGAGCUGUAUGCCGUGAUAGACAUCGAGAGAACUGCUGCUAUGUCAAAUUUGCAGAAAGCACUGCCACGAGAUGAUGGUACAUCUAGGAAAACUAGACACAAUAGUACUGAUCUGCCCAUGUGAGCCUGGAAAGCAUUAUGUUGUUUGCACCUUUGUGAAGUUUUUAAAAAUGAAGAUGCAAGUGCUUCAUUUUCAUUUCUAAACACUAACUCCUUUUAUAGACUGAUAAAAUUUUUUCUGAAUAUUUCAUGUGCAUCUUUAACUAAAGGGAAUUAAUGUAGAGCAGGUACUCCUUAAAGAACACUAAUUUCAUUAUAUACUACUCAUUGUACAGCAGCAUUCCUGUUUUCACAGUGCCUAUUUAAAAUGAGAGUUGAAGUGAAUGACAUGCUGGUUGAUUUUUAUCAAUAUUAUGGACUUAUGCAUAUCUUUCAUGUCUAAGUCAUGCUUGGCUUUUAAAACUUUUUAUAAAGCCUCCUGACAAUGUGCAUUGCUAACAGAUAACUAUAGGCUUUGAGAGUAAUGCUCAUAGAUUCACUCUUCACAGUAUGUGGCCUCCAGCAUGUAACAUGAGGAAUUCUUUAUUUCAUUAAUUAAAGGCUUUUUGACUUGAGCCAAAAC